CGUCAUUACCGAUUGCAGCGACCCCAUGUACACAGAUCGGGGAAAAAUACUUUAAAUCGCUAUAAAUACGGCUCUUAAAACAUCUACUUAUGAUUGUCAUGUUGAAUGAAUGAUGUCUGCAGCUGGAUAGCUUGAAGAUGGAAGAUGCUGUUAGUCGUAGCUCUCUCGACUCUUCAUCUACAGGAGACGAAUAUGUCCUUGUGAAUGCUGAUCCGAAGUUGCGUAUCACAGGGGACAUAAAUGACAUCAACACAGAAAUUUGUGCUGAGAACCAGUCAAAAGCAGUGAAACAAGCAGUGGGUAAAAGUAUGAAUGACAGUCUAGUUGAUAAGGAGAUUGGCCAUGUGAUCCCAAGUAGCCAAUCAGUCGAUGUGUUAAAUACAAAUGGAUCAGCUAAUAAUGAGGCAGAGACAGGAGCUGUGGGAUCUGUUUCCCUGCCAACGACCCCAACAGGUGACUGUAUUGUGUUCCAUGGUGUGACAUACCUUGGUUGUGCAACAGUAAAUGCGCCGCGGAGUGAGGUGGAGAUUUAUCGCAAUAUGGCAGUACUGAAUGAACAGUCCCAGGGUGACAUUCCAAUUGUGUUAUCUGUUCCAGCUACAGCAGAUGGAACUGUUAGUCAAUCCGAAGGAUUUGUUAGACUGUUAGAGCCUGGAACCGACACAGAAAUUUCCAGUUACAAGAUACACCGUAUUUUGUUCUGUGCACGGGGACCAGUGGAAAGCAAUGAGAAGAGAUGUUUUGCAUUUACAUUCAGUCACGGUGAUUCUGCUGACUCAGCUAUAUUCCAGUGCCAUGUGUUUAGAUGUGAUCUUCCUGAAGCUGUUGCUAAGAUACUGUAUUGUUUUGCUAAUACAUUCCGUAGAGUGCCAAAGAAUAGAUCGUCUGUGACAAAACCCUUACCAGAAUCUAACCAGGAUUUUGUGUUCACUGUGAACCUUGAAAUAAGGGAAGAGGAUGGAAAAGGAGGAUUUACUCUGUGCCCUCGAGACAAAAACGUAUUCAAGUUACGAUGUAACCUGGAUAAAAGAAUCGCUUUAACUGUACAACAGACUAGCUCAAAGGAGCUAAAAAUUGAAAGGUGUUUUGGUUUACUGGUCAGUCCAGGAAGAAAUGUGAAACAUGGGGACAUGACGCUAAUUGAAAAGACAUCAAUGGGGUAUGCCAGCGAGGACAGUGUAUAUUCUAUAACUGGACACUGGGAUCCCACUGAGAGCAGUUUUGCUGUACUUAACACUGAAACACCAAAAGAUACCCGAGUAUUUCUAACAGUUGCCAUAGAUCUAGUCAUUAUUGGAAUCCAGGAGCCUGUGAGAUUUGCCAUAGAAACAAAAGCCAAGAUUUUUCCACAGACUGAGAGAUUCUGGUAUUUCAUGAGUAAACCCCACACAGAACUCUUCCACGUCAAGUUAAAACCGGUGGAGAGCACCAAUGGAGACAUCAAUCAUGAAGUAGUAAGUGUGACUAGUCAGACGGAGUUAGAUCGUAAGAAAGGUGGAAUGUCACUUCCUCUCGGUCAGGCAAAGUUUGUACAUGAUGAUAUACAGACACCGCAAGAUGGACCAGACGAGGAGUCGGAUACAGACGAGCCUCUGCUGAGUGGUUCAGGAGUUGUUAGUAAGGAAAUUACUGAUGAAAAUAUCCUGGAAGCCUGGAAAGAUGUCCUGAAACGAUGGCAUCAAAAUCUGUCUCAAAAACCAAAACAGGUAAACCAGUUGGCAAGAAAGGGAGUUCCAGAAGCACUUAGAGGGGAGGUUUGGCAACUGCUGGCAGGCUGUGAAACAAACCAAGAAUUGUUAGAAGCCUACAGAAUCCUUAUCACUAAGGAUUCUAGCUGUGAAGCAGUGAUACAACGUGAUAUAAAUAGAACAUUUCCAGCUCAUGAAUUCUUCAAAGAAAAUGGUGGUCUAGGACAAGAAUCAUUGUUUAAAAUAUGUAAGGCAUAUUCCGUGUAUGAUGAAGAGAUUGAGUAUUGUCAAGGUCAGUCAUUCCUCGCAGCUGCUCUCUUACUACAUAUGCCAGAGGAGCAAGCAUUCAGUGUAUUAGUGAAGAUAAUGUUUGACUAUGGUCUCCGUGAUUUCUUCAGGAAUGAUUUUAGUGUUUUACAUUUACACUUCUACCAGCUGGAACGUCUUUUACAGGACCAGUUAGCAGAUGUUUUUGAUCACUUUAUGGAGAUGGGUUUGGAAGCUCACAUGUACGCCUCACAGUGGUUUCUGACAUUAUUUACAGCAAAGUUUCCUCUGUUCAUGGUCUUCCAUAUACUUGAUAUCUUCCUCAGUGAUGGACGUAACUUCAUCUUCAACGUGGCACUCGCCUUGCUAAAAAUUUCAAGAAAGGAUUUACUGGCCCUAGAUUUUGAGGGUGUUCUCAAAUAUUUCCGUGUUCAACUACCUAAGAGAUUCCGUACAGAGGAAGCAACGAGUGAGCUGAUGCAGAUGGCUGUCAGUUGUAAGGUGAAUGCUCGCAAACUGAAGAAGUACGAGAAGGAAUAUCUUGCCAUGAAGGAGGAGGAGUUACAGAAGGAGGACCCAGUAGAAAGGCUCGAGCGUGAGAACAAGAGAUUGAUGGAGGCAAAUAUCCGUCUGGAACAAGAAAAUGAUGAUAUGGCUCACGAACUGGUCGAGAGUAAACUCAACCUCACAAAAAGACUGGAUCUUUGUCAGGACACCAGUGAAGCUUUAACAAAGGAGCUGAUGCAGACAAAGAAACGUUUAGCAGAGACAGAGGAAGAGAAGCAGAGAUUGGAACUAGAAUCACAACAGGUGAAAGAGAUGUGUAGAAGAGAGCUUGAGAGAUUGGAGGCAGACAAUAGCAGAAAUACAGCUAUUAUAGCCGAUUACAAACAGAUUUGUUCACAACUGAGUGAGCGGCUUGAGAAACAACAAACAGCUGCAAAGAAAGAAUUGGAAGCAAUAAGGAGUCAAGUGAAAUCCUGUGAUCAGUGUUCAGCCAUGUUUGAUCCUGAUGGUAAUGUUCAAGUGCCGGAGCCGAAACUUGACCCAGAAAGUAUCAAUCCUCGUAUUAUGGACCUUGAAAGACAUGUUAGAGAGCUAGAGCUAGAACUAGCACAAACAAAGCUAGCUCUCGUUGAGUCUGAGUGUAAAACACAAGAUUUGACACAUCAGUUGAACUCUGCUGUCUCGGAAAUCCAAGCUUCUAAAAAUACCUGGUUUACAAAAACAAUCAAUUCCAUAAAAGAAGUAGCAACUACACAGAAAAAAGACUCGGCAAAAGAAUUACAGCGAAAAGACUCUACAUCAAAAGAAUGAAAGAGUUAAAGUUUAUAUGUGUUGUGUAAGACAGUUAUAAGAGGGUUAACCUAUUCCAGUGGUCAUGAUUGACAAAGUGCAGGAUUCCAAAGUGAAAUUUCGUUUUUACAUGCAAGAAAUAUUACCACAGUCAAAGAAGCUCACAUGAAAACAUAGUGAAAACAUAGUGCUUUAAGUCAGUCUUUAGAUGGAACAGACUGUAUAUUAAGCUACUGCUAUAUUAUCUAAUAGCAACAUCAGUGUGACUAGUUUUACAUUUUGUGACUUUUUAAUAUGAUUGGUCUUAAUUAGCACAGUUUCCUGAAAUACAGGGUGAUGUUUUAACCUUUAGCCUGCUGGUGGCAAGUGAUUUUGCCUUUGUGAACAGUGCAGACUACAUCGGCAUGCAUGUCCGUGCAGGCUGGCAGGCUGAUCAUGGUCUGCUCUGUUUGCUGUUCAGUCAGUUAAUUUUCAGUGAAUACCCCUUUGAAUAAAUAAGUGAAACUGCCCAAAUUGAAAUAUGGACCAGUCCAUUUUAGAAAUUAAGCAGGGUAAACGUUAAGGGAAACUUCAGUGAGUGAUCAUUUGUGUGAAGUUUUCAAGGUGAUGAUAACUUACAAGUAUUUAGUGGAAUAACUGCAAUGAUAACCAUUCUGAAAAAUGCUGCUUAUUUAGAUGUCUGAAAUUUCUGUGGAAGGCCGUACUUUCUGACCUGGCUUAUUUUUGUGGAAAAGGAGAAGUCGCACACAUACUGUGCAUUUUAUAGGUUGCCUCAGUCAACAAAAUAAAGCAUUUAGUUGUGAUUUUUAAACUGUCUUACAUAACAGAGAUGUUUCUAUUUGUAAGUGUGUGUACUUACAGUUUUAGUACUAUUUGCUUCUUGAAUCAGUGCAAUAUGUAUAAUAUAUGCUUUUUAAUUUGUGAAUGAUUGUUGAAGACAUAAGAAUACUUAAUGAUUUCAUACAUUCAUACAAUUGCAUUCCUAUAAAGGUGUUUAUGUAAGUUCUUUUUUGAAUUUUUUAUGGUUUAGUGAUACAGUAAAGUUCCCAGAUGGUGACACUUCAAAAUUUUCAAUAUUUACAUGUAUCUGAAGAAGUUGGGAUAUCUUAAAUUCAAGAUUUACAAUUGGAAUGUUUUAAAGACUCCUAAACAAAAGUCAGUUGUAUUUGAGAUAUUUUCAGUUAAAGGUUUAAUACCAAAAUUCCUUUUUGAUUGGGAUGUUUUCACUUCUAAAGCAUAGAUACUAUCUUAUGAUUGCAAGCACAUCUUUGUAACAGAAUUUAAAAACUUUUACUCAGGAUUAGAUCUCCUACACAUGGUAGGAGUCUCUGGAAUUUAAAAAACAAAACAUUUUUACAUUUGUGUAUAAUUAUCCAGACCUCACUGAGUUCCUUAUUUUGAUAUAUAGAUUUCUAAAAUAUUGCACACUGCAGUGUACUGUUUUGUUGCUUUAUUACACAGUUUGAAUGACUAGUCACUAUCUGCACAAGGGUACUUGAAAUAUUCUAGCUGUUAAACUUUAACCUUAGCUAAAAACUACUGUAAAAUGAGACAUUUUCACAAGAAUUUAUAAAUUCCUGAAUUGUUUGCAUAAAUAUAUGCAAUAUAUGGCCAGUUUGUACCAGGUUACUUGUAACAAUAAUAACACUUUUCACAAGUACAGAGAGUUAGCAGAAUGUAAUGAAAAUAUAUCCCUAGCAGAAAUUUUAGAUCUUACAGUAUUUAUUGGUCCUAAUUCGUUUUUGAUGCCUGUGUACAGGUGUAAUUUUGUCGAACAUUUUAUCACUGUAAAACCAAUGUUUAUGCAUACUAUGCUUAUUGAAAGGAACUUAAGCAAUCACUGAAUUCAGCAUUUGGACAUAUUAAGUUUACAGUUUGGACUUGAGAUGUUGAUGAUUUGUGUUAGAGAUUUACCUAAAUUUCGCCCCUUGGAGCAAAAAGGUACCAUAAACUUUUAUGGUACCGUUUUGCUCCAAGGGGGCAUAAUGCAUUUUCUGCACAAUAUUUUUUCAAAAUCUAAGAACAGGCAAUUAAGGGAGACUUGCACAUCUAAACUUGGACCAUGAUACAGUCAUUUCUGAUGUACCCUUGAAUACUCGUAAGUUCUGGGCAUUUUGUUGAAUUUAGUCUUGACAGACAGAAAAUGAAAUAAAACGCUACAUAUGUAUUAAAUAUACAUGUACAAAGGGUUAUAAAUCUGACUCAGGCAAUCUGACCCAAACUUGCAGGAUGGCAUUUCCCUUCAGCAGUUAACAUUUCUACCAUGUUUAAUUUAAAUACUUAAAACCAUGUCAUAGAUGUGACUUUCGACAGAAUGUCUGAUGGACAACACCAAAACUAUAUCCAACCUUCAGCGAGGGAUAAAAAAUAAAUAGACUUAUGUGCAAUAUAAAUCAUAUAAUUAAUCUUACUACCAGUUUAGAAAAACAUGACUAGAUUAACAUUUAUAUUAAUUAGUAGCAUAAAAGCAUGGUUUCAGGUAUUAUAUUCGAUAAUGAAAAGUGCAUGUAAAAAGGAAGAAAUAUUUCUUUGCAUGUUUUGUCCUAUUUUUCAUUUUGUUCUUGAAAAACAGAACAGUCAUGGUCAGGUGUAAACAAGAGAGAAGUAGAAGUUUUGUAUUUCAUGAAAAAUGACAUAUAUGUAGUUUUUCAUACAUAAAUAGUGCAAUGACUGUGAAACUUGAUUGAUUUCUUGUUUUGCUUAUAAUUACAGAGAGCAGUAGUUUAGGUUAAUGAAAAGUAACAUGAUUUCAUAUUCGAAUUCUCAACUUCACUAGAAUUUAUGUAACUCUAAAGCAAUUUUUAAAUGGUUUAAAUUUCUUGGAGAAUUUUUUUGCAUUAGCUAACACUGAUGAUCACUAUAGACUGAAUGAUUCAAAGUCAUGUGAUAGUUAGCUGUAUAUAUUUUUGGUAUAUUGAAUAUAAUGGCAUAAACAUGUACUCUUGUAUUCAUGUAUUUAGAAACAUCACCCUGCCUUAACAUCAAGUCAGUAUAUCAAAGUUAAGAAUCAUUGAAAUAUCUGAUUCCCAAAUAUGCAAUUUAAACAGGUUUCUUUAAAACCAUUAUAAGGUUAGAUAUUGGUAAUUUAUAAACAUUAAGGUAAGAAGUAGAUUCAGAAAAUCAGUGACCAUUUAUUUACCUUUUAGCUACAUAUAUUGCCAGAAUUAAUUUUGCUGUCAUGAAAUAAUAUUGUUAUUCGUUGGGAGCAGAGAUGAAAGAAUUAGUUUGCUUUGAUCUGUGAAACUAGUUGCCAAGUUUACUUCGUAAUAAGUGCAGUCAUUGCAUAACAUCUCCCAUUACCACAGACAAACGUUUCUGGUAGCAAAAAAUUAACAGAAUUGUUUAUAGAUACAGCAAACAUAUACAUCUGUAUUGUUUGUAUUCACAAAUUCUUGAAUAUCUUGAAUUAGACUUCUCAUACCCAUAUACCUGAGCAGUUACUGUCAGAACAAUCAAACCUGGUAUUUCAUUCAAGUAUUAAAUAGGUGUGUUACAAUGUGGAGAAUUUUUAAAUGUACACAAAGCAAUCUUAGAUAUCUUGAUGAGUCUUAAACCUGAAGAAUAAUCAUUAUAUUUUUCCGAUGUUUUGUAUUUUUCUGACAUACAGGUAAAUUUUAGGCAUUGAGUUUUAAUCAGGCUUGUCUUGGUAGAAGUAAACACAUUUUGGAUUCUAUCUCUUCUACAACAGUAUUUGUUAAGUAUUUAUUCUUAACUAUGUUAAGAUUUUGCCUAUUGCACAGAUAAUGUUUUACAUGUAUUUUGAGUUUGUCAGAAAAAGUAGACUUAUUAGUUAUUUUGUUUUAGUUUAUUCAGUUGUUCACAUAUCAUGAUCUUGACGAGUAAUGUAAAUGCAUGCAUACACUGUGUGAUACUGUAUACCGAUACAAUUGAAGAUCACUGUUAUGAGGGUGCAAAUUUCUUAAAGCUGGUAGAACUCAUAAAAUCAGUUUAGGAAAUGAAGCCAUCAAAGUUUUUCUGUUAAUUUCUUCUUAAAGGUGUUUAUUUGCCCUUCCAAAGAAUAAGUGAUAUGUUGUUUUGCUCAUGUUGAUUUGCCUGUCCGUUAGGAGACCAAUUGGCUUCUGAUUUGUAACUGGAGAAGACUUAAACAGUGGUCAGAUUUCAUAGGAUGUGUCUAUGCUCAGCAGAUGACUAAUAUUUCUGGGUCCAGAUGGUCAAAGGUCAAGGCCACUUGAGCCUUGAAAAUGAUUUCUGCUAUCAGACUUUAUAGAGUGAUUGCUUGUCACCAGUAGAUGACUCAUAUUUCAAUUGGAGUCAAAGGUCAAGGUGACCUGGAGACUAAUAAAUGAUUUCUGAUAAAUUGUUUGAGGGAUCAGCGAGUAAAAGGUCAAAGCCACAGUAACCUUGGCUGAAAACUAUUUCCAGUAAGUAUGUGGAGAAAGCUGAAGCCAGGAAUGUUGAACUUCAUAGUAUGAUUUUAAGUGGCCACCAGAUGACCCCCCCCCCUUCUUUUAGCUCAGAAGAUCAAAGGUCAAGGUCACUAUGACCCUGACUGAAAAUGUUUUAUCAAUAACUUAAGAAUGUUUGGGUCUAGAACUUUAAGAAUUCAUUUGAUGAUUACCUGUGUUUAGUAAAUGACUUCAUGUUUGGGAGCUUGAAAUCAAUGGUCAAGGUCACAGUCACCUUAGGGCUUGAAACUGUUUACUGUCAAUAAUUAUUGAAUAAACAGCAGUGAAAAUUAGUAACAUGAUAUACUAUGAUCAGUAACUGAUUUAGACUGAUUUGGGUGAUCAAGUCAAAACUUAAUGUUACCAGAUACACGAGACUGACAUACCUCACUACAAUUGAUAGGCUAUCAUGGGGGUAUAUUUUACAAACGUCUUGUUUUAUUAGCUCACCUGUAACAUAGUGACAGGGUGAGCUUUUGUGAUCACCCUUCGUCUGUCGUCCAUCCACAAUUUCUUGUGAACAGGAUAGAGACCACAUUUUACAAGCAAUUUUAAUCAAACUUGCACCCAACUUGUAUUAGCGUAAUAUCUCGAAUCCUUUCGAAAACUAGCCAGAUUCCAUCAUGGGUUCCAGAGUUAUGGCCCCUUAAAGGGCAUAAAUUUGCUGUUUUUGGCUAGAGACCACAUUUUGCAGUCAACUUUAAUCAAACUUUCACACAACUUGUAUUGACAUAAUAUCUUGAUUCCUUUCAAAAACUGGCCAAAUUCCAUCAUGGGUUCCAGAGUAAUGGCACCUUAAAGGGUCAAAAUUUGUUGUUUUUAGCUAGAGAACACAUUUUGCAAUCAACUUUAAUCAAACUUGCACAUAACUUGUAUUGUCUUGGUUAUCUUGGUUAAUUGUAUAUCUUGGUUCCUUUCAAAAACUGGCCAAAUCCCAUCAUGGGUUCCAGAGUUAUGGCUCCUUAAAGGGCAAGAAUUUGCUGUUUUUGAUUGUGAACAAGAUAGAGGCCACAUUUCUCAAUCAACUUUAAUCAAACUUGCACACAACUAUUAUUGGCAUAUCUUGGUUCCUUUCGGAAACUGGCCAGAUCCCAUCAUGGGUUCCAGAGUUAUGGCCCCUUAAAGGGCCAGAAUUUGCUACUUUGGCUUUUGCAGCCAUAUAGAGACUUCAUUUAUGGUUUAACACAAACUUGCAAAUAUCUUCAACAACAGUAAAUCUUGGAUUCUAUGAUGAAUCCAUCCGAUCCAGUCAUAGGGUCUGGAAUUACAUCCCCUGACUGACCCUUAAAGAGCCAGAAUUUGUUACUUUUGCCUUGUGAACAUGAUAGAAAUGACAUUUUAUAUUUGAUUUUAAACACACUUACAACUAAAGGCACAAUAAGAUCUCUAUUCCUUUCGAAAAACAGCCAGAUUCCAGCAUUUGUUCUGCCCCUGAAAGGGGCAAAAUUUUCUAUUUAGGCCCUUCCAGUCAUAUAUGGAAUUACAUCCCCUGACUGACCCUUGAAAGAGCCAGAAUUUGUUACUUUUGCCUUGUGAACAUGAUAGAAGUGACAUUUUAUAUUUGAUUUUAACCACACUUACAACUUAAGGCACAAUAAGAUCUCUAUUCCUUUCGAAAAACGGCUAGAUUCCAGCAUGUGUUCUGCCCCUGAAAGGGGCAAAUUUUCUAUUUAGACCCUUCCAGUCAUAUAGAGGUUUCAUUUAUGCUUGGAUUUGAUAAAAACUUGAACAGAAUGUUUAUCUUGAUGAUCUCUAGGCCAUGUUUGAAACUGGGUCAUAUGGGGUCAAAAACUAGGUCACCAGGUCAAAUCAAAGGAAAAGCUUUUUAACACCCUAGAGGCCACAUUUAUGAUCCUAUCUUCAUGAAACUUGGUCAGAAUGUUUAUUUCGAUUCCUAGGCCAAAUUCAAAACUGGGUCAUAUGGGGUCAAAAAUAAGAUCACUACGCAAAUCAAAAGAAAAGCUUGGGCACACUGUAGAGGCCACAUUUAUGAUCCUAUCUUCAUGAAACUUGGUCAGAAUGUUUAUCUUGAUGAUUCCUAGGCCAAGUUUAACAGGUGAGUGAUAUAGGGUCAUCAUGACCCUCUUGUAUUGAAAAUGACAUGAAAGGUUAGCAUGAAAAUUAAAUCCUGGGAGUGUUACUGCUGCCAAUCUGAAAUGAAAGAUUUUUUUCAUACAGAAGCUAGAAGAACUGGAUUGAUUCAGAUGUAGUAUUUAAUCCUUGUGACAAGUUGACUAUAACAGAAGUGAGCUAACCACUUGUUUUUGUUGCUUAACUUGUCUUUUGUCAUGGUGAAAUUUUGCACCUACAGAGAUUAAGAAGUUUUAUACGCACAGUAUUCUCUUUGGUUAUUUCAGUGGAGCACAGUGCCAUUUCAUUAAACAUUUUCUGUUUGUAAACUAUAUGCUGCAUUACAUUGCUGAAUCUCCCACCGCUAAUAUUGUUGUCAACAAUCUGUAUAACUAAUAAAUGUGAAUCUUUCAA